AAAAUGGCGGAUUGAUGUAGAGUUUCAACUUCAAUUGACCGAAUUUUUGACUCAUUGCAGAUGAAGUUAGCAACGAUAUAUGAUAUAAUCCCUCCAUGGUUUGCUGCAGUCUUUACUGCCGUGAUGACAGUGGUUUUAUUCAAGGUUUCUCGAAGAUUUUUCCCAAUUGUUCCUAAAAUAGAAGGCUUCUGGGAAUUCUGGCCAUGGCGUCGCAAAAAAGUGCCUAAAUUCGCUAAAGUAUACGUCCUUCAAGAUGCCAAUGAAUGUGACCGUAUUCUCCAAGCCUACAAAAAUGAAUACCCAUUGCCGCUUAAUUUUCUAGGGCUGGACUGUGAAUGGGUGAAUCAAAAAGGAAUCGAAUCCCAUCCUGYUGCUUUGUUACAGAUUGCUACACCUUUGAAUGACUGCUUCUUGAUCCGCUUGUACAAGAUGAGGGGUUCUUUCCCUGUAACGUUGAAGGAGAUCCUUGAAGACAGGAAUAUUUUGAAAUUUGGUGUUGGUAUACAAGAUGAUGCUAAGAAACUGAAUGGGACAUAUGGGUUGGAUGUUAGUGGGUGUGUGGAUUUGAGGCACGUGACCCUGCGCUGUCAAUCAUAUCAAGGAUCAAAGCCUGAUGAACAAAAUUUAAAGGGACCUUCGAAGAUGGGACUUGAUGCACUUUGUAAACGAUACCUUGGUGUCCAGAUGGACAAAUCAUGGAGAGUCAGAUGUAGCAACUGGGAAGCUGAUAGCCUAUCUGGUAGACAAAUUGAAUAUGCAGCUCAUGAUGCCAUUGUUGCUGUGCACAUAUUUUUAACUCUAGCAAAGCUUAAAAGUUAUAACAAGGAGAGAGAACUACCAUUAAUGGAUGAACAAGGAAAGAAUAGUGACAGUAAACAGAAUGUCCAAAGUAAUAAAAACCUUUGUUUUGAUUCAGAAGAAGGUUCAAAAGUUACUCUAUCAUUAAACAAGUAUGAAGUUGAACCAAAGAAAGGGUAUGUUACUGGUGUGGCUGAGAUGCUAUCGGAYUCUGUAUUUUGCCAGAGAGCUAUAUCUUUGUGUAAAGGAAUCGUGGAUUUAGGAUUUAAAAGCAAAUUCCUAAAGAAUCCAUCUAGCAUAAGGAAGGAAGGAUUCUUGAAUAAAGGUACAAAGAAUCCUUACAAAACUGGCACACCACAGAGGAAGAGCCCUUUAUAUACUAAUUGUCAGCUGGUGGCUCCAGAUGGGGAAAGGCUAUGUAUACUAGACCGUAAGAAAGCUGAAUGGUAUUUGGACAAAGAGAUAGGUGAAUUGAUUUCUGAAGAUCCUUAUACAGUCAGACUUAAAUUUGAACCCUCUGCCCGUCCUGUGAAAGAUGACGACUACUAUUUGACGUUCAAGGAUAAUAUCUGUGUUGUGUGUGGAAAAAGUGACAGCUAUGUGCGUAAGAACAUUGUCCCCCACGAGUAUCGCAGGUACUUUCCAGACUGUUUGAAGGAUCACCAUUCACAUGACGUCGUCCUGAUGUGCCCAGAAUGUCAUAGAUUGUCUUCAAUUUUUGAUGAGCAGCUACGACAACAACUGGCCAAAAAAUAUGAUGCUCCUCUGGGGAAUAAAGAACUUGCCAAGUUUAUUCAAGAUCCUGUAAGAAUGAAGGUACGUUCUGCUGCCAAAGCUUUGAUGCAUGCUGCCAACAAGCUUCCUAAAGAAAGAGAAGAAGAGCUCCAACAAGUUUUGAAGGAUUACUACAGGACAGAGGAACUCACUCCAGAAUUUAUAAAAGAUGCAUCUGUAAUGGAAGUCCAGAAAGAAAAUGUCAAUUUCAAGUCGCACGGAGAAGUCGUUAUCAAUCAAGUCACUGAACAGAAAAAGUUACUAGAGUUUGAGAAGAUGUGGAGGGUUCAUUUUCUAGAGACUCUCAACCCACAGUUUUUGCCCAAAUUGUGGUCUGUAGAACAUCGAUUUGAUAAAAUGAAGGAUGCUCUUGAAAAGCUGGAUUUGCAGUAGUUUGUACAGCUUGGACCACGUUUUUGGCUAGUGAGAUUCUUGUGGUCAUGAUUGUGGAUAUAGCUAAUAGAAAAAACUAAUAGGAAAUUAAAAUAUAGUAAGUUUUAUUCAAUUACAAGAUUUUUAGAACUGGACUUCAAAACAUUCAUAGAAAAUAUAGCAUAUAGUAAGAUGCCUGGAUGUUACUAAGACGUGAGGAAUUUUUUUGAUAUCAUCCAACCUCCUUCCAUACGAAUAUCUUUACCAGUGAUGAGGCUUGAAUCAUCAGAAGCCAAGAACACAACAAGGGAUGCAAUUUUUUCUCCAGUGUUCUCCCAUUUUACACAAUCUGUCAUUCCUUCAAAGUAUCAUUUCGUUAUUUAUGUCAGAAAUGAACUAUGUAUGAAAUUAUGUUAAAGACAAAGAAAAGGUGUAAUGAUUAUAUGACUGACUACGUAACCUCAAUAAACAAUAGUCUAACAAAUAAGUCUAUAACAAUACAUCAAUUAAUAAAGUAGGCAGGCAGUUUGAGGCAGAGAACCGAUGAAAUAAGCCUCAAAAACUGAAGAGAACAGAGGAGUCAGCUUUGAAGAACGGGAACAGAAUAACAGAAGGAUUCAAAAGUGCAAAGAAGAUGAGAAAACAAAGACAGUAUUAAAAAAGAACAUUAUUAAUUUUAUUAAGUUAGAAGAAAUAAGAAUUUGUUUCUUUUUUGUUUUUUGUUUCGUAAGUUGAAUUAUUAUUUAG